AUGUUCUCUCCUUUUAGUAGUAGUGCUUCACAACAAACUGUAAAUCAACAAAAUGUCGCAAUGGCCGAGCAAGAACUUGAAAUGCUUACUGAUACAUUUUAUCGGAUUGUCGAUUCAUGUUAUAAAAAAUGUAUCCCACCAAAAUAUACCGAAGGCGAAUUAAACAAAGGUGAAUCUGUUUGUAUUGAUCGCUGUGUCUCUAAAUUCUUUGAUGUUAAUGCAAAAAUCGGAGAGGCGAUACAAAAGAAGGGUCAACAGUCUGGCAUAGGUGGUUCAGUUACGGGAUUUGGUGCAUAA